AUGUUGCUCUCCGAAGAACCCGCAACUCUCAUUCAUCAUACUAUCGAAAACUUCAAUAUCGCACCAGACAAACUUGCCGUCUCCCGUGUUACAGAGUCACUUUCGACUCUCCAACAAGCUCGCGACCUUCGCGUUCGUGAGGCAGAAUCCUCACUGAAGAAGCUCUCUCGGCAGCUCGCAACACACACAUCGCGACAUGACGACCUCGUUGCGUCCCACUCGUCAGCGGACCACGCAUCCAACAUCGCACGUCUAGACACACUGAAAUUCCGUACCGCCAAAGCUGCCGCUGAUGCUGAAACCGACGCUGAGCGCCUUGCUCUGACGGCCGCUGACCUCAAGGCUCGUCUUCGCGAGCUGGAGCUUCAGGGCGUGGAGGGCGAUGCGGCAGCCAAUGCUCGACGCAGAGAUCCAGUGGAUGAUGAGGUGCUGCUGAGGCUCAAGGUGUAUCGAAGCCUGGGCAUCGAUAUUGAGAGAGACGACAGGGACGGUGAGUGGUCCAAGGCUGUUAUUCGGAAUGAUCGCAAAGGGGACGUGCAUGUUGUCAACAUGGACAAAAAGUUCUCGCGAUUCUUUUACGCAAACUACUUCUGGCAGACUCUCUAA